CGCUAUUUUCAAAAACUACUUAUUACUCUUCGCGAAGACCCAUCGCCGGUGGUGUCGGAGCCGGGAGUGAUGUCAGGCCAGGGGUACCACAACUACGAACGCCCGGUGAGGACCUCCUCGGGUGAUGACGAGGAGGAGGACCCGUUGGAGACUAUGCUCAACCGAACCGGUUGUAAAGAAUUGCAUUAUUCACUGCAGACACGCGCGUCCAUCCCAUUGACAACACAGGACUGUAUGGCGGAGCACAGGGAUUGGCGCCGGUGUCAAGACUUGGUCCAGAAGUUCAAGGACUGUAUGAUAGCCUACGAGAAGACUAAACAACACCACAAAACUAAUAGCGACAAA